ACGGAUCAUACGCCGGUCCUGUAGGUGUCAGCCACCUACCUCACUUUUUCUCACUUACCUUACCUGUCUUUGCGCUCUUCUUUAACUAUUCUAUUCUGCUUCUACUUCAAUAAAACCCUAUCUCCCUCACUCACUCACUCACUCGCUCAUACCCACUCUUCCAUUCUCAACGUUCUUCUCUUCCUACACCAACCACAAUUCUCUCUUCACUCAUGGGCAAGGUCAAGAUCGGAAUCAACGGAUUCGGAAGAAUUGGGCGUUUGGUUGCCAGGGUUGCUCUUCAGAGAGACGAUGUCGAACUCGUUGCUGUUAACGAUCCUUUCAUUACCACCGAUUACAUGACAUACAUGUUUAAAUACGACAGUGUUCACGGACACUGGAAGCAUCACGAAGUUUCCGUCAAGGACUCUAAGACCCUUCUCUUUGGUGACAAGCCAGUCACUGUUUUUGGCCACAGGAACCCUGAAGAGAUCCCAUGGGCCGAGACUGGAGCUGAAAUCAUUGUUGAGUCCACCGGAGUUUUCACCGAUAAGGACAAGGCUGCCGCACAUUUGAAGGGUGGUGCAAAGAAGGUUAUCAUUUCUGCCCCCAGCAAGGAUGCUCCCAUGUUUGUUGUUGGUGUUAACGAACAUGAGUACAAGCCAGAGCUUGAUAUCAUUUCCAAUGCUAGCUGCACAACCAACUGCCUUGCUCCACUUGCCAAGGUCAUCAAUGACAGGUUUGGCAUUGUUGAGGGUUUGAUGACCACUGUUCAUUCCAUUUUUAUAUAA